GUGUCACCUUGUGGGUCUGUAACAAGACCAAACAUUCCAGGCAUAGUUUCAAAAUCAAUGAUAACAUUUCUGCCAGGCAGAUACCUGAACAGACCUGUAACUCCUUGUGGAAGGAUUAUGUACUGCACACAGUUGAGGACACUGCUUUUGGUUGUCACAGCAAUGCUGUGGUUGACACCGGUGGGGGCAGGACCAGACUGCAUGUACAGCUGCAGACUACAGAAUAUGACAUUCCCCCUGGAGAGAGAGGACUGCCGUGGAAGCGUCAUCAUUCCCACCUGCGCAGGCCUGUGCAAAACCGAGGAUCUGAACUAUUAUAGCAAGCGGAUACCACAUGCCCAGGGUGUGUGUAACUUCAAGGACUGGUCCUAUGAGGAAGUCUACUUGGAGAGCUGUCCACCGGGGGCGGACCCUUUCUUGAUACCUGUGGCCAAGAGCUGUGAUUGCAGCAAAUGCAAGAUGGAUAGCACAGACUGUAAUCGUAUGAGCACGGCAACAUCAUACAGCUGCCAACAACAUUUCCCAUUGGAAAUGUAGAAGUUUGAAGUUUAAUUUAGUCCUGCAACAGCCUGUCUAGACAAAGGUAGCCAACAAAAUUAAGCAAUGGUUUCAUUUCAUUGUAUGGUACUUUUUCAAUUGUUUGUUCUACCAAUGGGAACUUUCUGGAAUUCACUUCAAAUAAUUUAACACUAUGCAUACCUACCCGAUUCAACAUUGUGGUCGUUGUUCUAAAAAUGCAUAUUAAAGAAACACAUUUAGGUCAUAAAUUGUGUAAGGACAAUGACAUUGUAGAAGUACAUAAAUACUCUGUUCUGCAACAUAAAGUUCUACUGUA